AUGGUUUCUGCUUAUUAUUCUUCUUCCAAUGUUUCAGCGUUGCUCAUUUUCCUCUUUAUGAUGAGCACUCCCAUGGUUGCCUUUGGUGGCAAAUUUUAUGAAGAUUUCUAUAUAACAUGGGGACCGAAGAAUGCCAAAAUGCUUGAUCAUGGACAGCUCUUGACUCUCUCCCUCGACAAUGUCACUGGAUCAGCUUUUGAGUCCUACAAUCAAUAUCUAUAUGUAAAGAUAGAAAUGCAGAUCAAGCUUGUUGCCGGAAACUCAGCCGGUACCGUCACUACGUUCUACUUGUCGUCAACAGGAGACCGUCAUGAUGAGAUAGACUUCGAAUUCUUGGGGAAUGUUACUGGUCAGCCUUACAUUCUUCAUACGAAUGUCUUUUGCCAAGGAAAGGGCAAUAGAGAACAGCAAUUCUACCUUUGGUUUGAUCCUACUGCCGACUUCCACUCAUAUUCUAUACUAUGGAAUCCCCUAAACAUUGUCUUUUUGGUGGAUGGCAUUCCCAUUAGACAGUUCAAGAACCUGGAGUCCUUUGGCAUUCCAUUUCCCAAAUACCAGCGUAUGAGGUUAUAUUCCAGUCUCUGGAAUGCGGAUAACUGGGCUACAAGAGGAGGACUGGAAAAGAUAGACUGGACACAAGCACCCUUCACUGCAUCUUACAGGUACUUCAGUGCCGAUUCCAAUUCUCAUGCCGCGUGGUAUUGGGAGAAGGUGGACUAUAUUGGAAAAGGGCAGAUGCAAUGGGUGCAAAAAAACUAUAUGAUCUACAACUACUGCACAGAUGCAAAGCGAUUCCCCCUAGGGUUUGCACCUGAAUGCUAUUUGACUUAUCUGUCUUAA